CUAGAAGAUGACACUACAACUGAUAAUUUAUCUAUUCGUCAGAUCUACGGCGAUAGUUAUCAAUCUAUUAAAAAAUAUUCAGUGCCGACAAUCGGAGUUUUUCUGAUAACUAUUGUCUGAUAACAGCCGAGCAGUCAAACCUGAAAUUUACCAAGAAAAUUUGACAUUUCCAAGGCUUAAAAUAGGUGCACGCAGGCCUGGGUGCACAGUGCAAGAUACAUACGCAAAAAGAAAAUCAGAUCAGAUGAAUUUCCACGUGGAUAAGGCAAAGUUUUUGAGCCUAUAUCCCGACAAAGAAGCUGUAACGGAUGAGAAUUGUGGGAACACGAUAAAUUAUGAGACUGACAAAGAUGAAGACCGCAAGAUUAGCGAUCCUUUUGCAAAUAAAUCCAGUGAAUGUGGUCCAUGUUCCAAAAUACUUACAACAGAUGAAGUUCUAUCGCUUGUAUUGAAAUGCGCAAACUUUGCCGCAGAGAAGCACAGUAGACAGAGAAGGAAGGACCUCGAAGAAACGCCGUACAUUAAUCAUCCAAUCGGCGUAGCGAAUAUUUUGACAAACGAAGGAGGCGUCUACGACCCGGUCGUAAUUCUUGCUGCUUUAUUACAUGACACAGUUGAAGAUACCGAUACAACUUUUGAUGAAAUUGAGAAAGAAUUCGGUGAGACUGUGAGUAGAGUAGUCGAAGAAGUUACCGAUGACAAGAGUCUUCCUAAGGCAGAAAGAAAAUUGCAACAAAUUAUUACCUCAAAAAAUCGAAGCCGAGAAGCAAAGCUAGUAAAAUUGGCUGAUAAGAUAUAUAAUUUGAGAGAUUUGCAAAAAGGAGCACCAGUUGGAUGGAGCGAUGUCAGAGUUAGGGAAUAUUUCCAGUGGGCGAAAAAAGUCGUGGACAAUUGUCGUGGGACAAAUGCAGCAUUGGAAAAUAUAUUGGAUAAAAUAUUCGCCGAACAAUGUAAGAAUACAAAAAAGAACUGCAAAUGUACAAAAACCCUUGCUCCUGACUGCGUCGAAUCCUAUUUGUGUAUUAAUUGAAUUUAAUGUGAAAAUGAAACAGAAAUAAAUACAUGAA